AUGGCUAAGCAGCGUGUCAAGAAGCGUACUCACCAGAAGCCGCAGAAUGCGUCGGCUGCUGUCAAGGGUGGCGCUGCCUCAAUGGCCAAGACCCCAAAGUCUAUGGUCAUUCGAGUAGGCGCUUCUCAGGUCGGUACCAGUGUCACUCAGCUGGUUAAGGAUGUCCGCCGUAUGAUGGAGCCCGAUACUGCCGUGCGACUGAAGGAGCGCAAAUCCAACAGACUGCGGGAUUAUACCGUCAUGACUGGGCCUCUCGGUGUCACCCACCUUAUGCUGUUCUCCAAGUCCGCAACCGGCAACACAAAUAUGCGAUUGGCUGUUACUCCCCGUGGACCGACCCUUCACUUCAAGGUCGAGAACUAUUCGUUGUGCAAGGAUGUCGAGAGAGCGAUGAAGCGCCCAAGAAGUGGUGGCCAGGACCACAAGACCCCACCUUUGCUGGUCAUGAACAACUUUACCACCCCAGAUGCCACCGAAGAGUCCAAAGUGCCGAAGCGCCUUGAGACUCUCACCACCACGAUCUUCCAAUCCCUCUUCCCUCCCAUCAACCCCCAAAGCCAGCCUCUGCAUUCAAUUAAACGUGUUAUGUUGCUCAACCGAGAGCCCUCCGAAAAGGACGAUGACUCAUAUAUUCUGACUCUACGUCACUAUGCUAUUGCCACAAAGAAGACUGGAGUGUCGAAACGAAUCCGUCGCUUGGACCCCAAGGAGAUCCGGAAUAGAGACAGGAAGGGACAUGCCGUUCCCAACCUCGGAAAGUUAGAAGAUGCCGCCGAUUACCUCCUCGAUCCAUCUGCCGCCGGCUACACUUCAGCCAGUGAAACCGAGCUAGACACCGAUGCCGAGGUGGAGGUUGCAGAGAGCACGACACGCCGAGUUCUGAACAAGAGGGAACAGCAGCGCCAAAAGGCCGCAGAGAAGGGUCAGGAUAAGCCCCCUAGCACCCCUGGUGUUGAAAAGCGAGCUGUGAAGCUGGUGGAACUUGGCCCUCGUCUGCGUCUUCGUUUGAUGAAGGUCGAGGAUGGAGUCUGCGAUGGCAAGAUCAUGUGGCACGACUUCAUCACGAAAUCCGAGAAGGAGGUGCGCAAGAUGGACCAGAACUGGGAUGUUAAGAGGAAGGAGAAGGAGCAGAGAAAGAAGCUCCAAAAGGAGAACAUUGAGCGCAAGAAGAAGGAGAAGGCCAAUGCCAAGGCUAAUGGUCAGCAAGUUGCCGAUGACGAUGAUGACGUUGAUAUGGAUGAUGAGGAGGCCUGGCUCAGUGAUGAUGACUAUGACCAGGAGGGAGAGGUUGAGGGCGCCGAGACCGAGGAAUCCGAAGCCGACUCAGAUGAUUCUAUGGAGGAGUGA